AUGGGGUGCUUGUGCGAAUGUGAUAUAGCUCCUAGAGCGGGUAGCGCUUGUUCCUCUGAAUCUUCCUCAGACAGUGAUAGCCAAACUGACGAAUCUUUUAUUGGAUGUGAUUCACAGGGGUUCUUUCGGAGGAGUAUUCAACAAAAAAUACAAUAUCGUCCUUGCACCAAAAAUCAACAGUGCAGCAUUUUGAGAAUCAACAGGAAUCGCUGUCAAUACUGCAGACUUAAGAAGUGCAUUGCUGUAGGCAUGAGUCGAGAUGACGGCGUAGCCUGGAUAAAUACUGACGGCUUGGCGUCAGUAGAAAGAGUACCGCUACGCCGACGCCGAGUUUUCUGUCCUUAUCAGCCUCAACUCGUGCAGUAUCACUACCACCCCCCCACCCCACCUCCCACCCUAUUCCUCCCACUGAGCUCCUACGGAGGUCAUUUGGUAGCUGCUCGAAUCUUCUGUUCCAUACCGGUUCGAUUCGGCCGUGUGCCAAAACGUGAAAAAGCCCGAAUUCUGGCAGCGAUGCAGCAGAGUUCCCAUAGUCGUUCUCAAGAAAAAGCAGUAGCUGCCGAACUGGAGGAUGAACAGCGUCUUCUAGCGACAGUAGUGCGUGCUCACCUUGACACAUGUGAUUUUACCCGCGAUAAGGUCGCUCCGGUACUCACAAGGGCACGAGAAACACCCAAUUAUACAGCCUGCCCACCAACCUUGGCAUGUCCGCUGAACCCGAACCCUCAGCCACUAACCGGUCAGCAAGAGCUCCUGCAGGACUUUUCAAAGAGGUUUUCCCCUGCGAUACGUGGAGUAGUGGAGUUCGCAAAACGCAUUCCUGGUUUCAACCUGCUGGCCCAGGACGACCAAGUGACCCUAUUAAAAGCCGGAGUGUUUGAAGUCCUUCUAGUAAGACUCGCGUGUAUGUUCGACGCCCAAACAAAUAGUAUGAUCUGUCUAAACGGGCAAGUGCUCAAAAGAGAUUCCAUCCACAACAGUAACGCGCGAUUCUUAAUGGACUCAAUGUUUGAUUUUGCUGAACGCGUUAACUCAUUACGGCUUUCCGACGCCGAAUUAGGACUUUUCUGUUCAGUGGUAGUGAUUGCGGCUGAUAGGCCGGGUUUACGCAACACUGAUCUUGUCGAGCGUAUGCAUAACAAACUCCGUAAUGCCCUCCAGACUGUUUUAGCGCAAAACCACCCUCAGCAUCCGGAUAUACUUCGCGAAUUGCUCAAAAAAAUUCCCGAUCUCAGAACUCUUAACACUUUGCACUCAGAAAAGCUUCUGGCGUUUAAAAUGACUGAACAGCAGCAACAAUUGCAAGCUCAGCAGCAGCAGCAGCAACAACAACAACAACAACAACAACAUCAUCAGCAGCAACAACAACAACAACAACAACAACAACAGCAACAGCAGCAGCAACAGCAGCAGUGGCCAAUGGAAGAAGAACCAACAGCUUCUUGGGGAUCUGCCUCAGACGUGGCCCUAGACGAAGCGGUAAAAAGCCCUUUAGGAAGUGUCUCAAGCACCGAAAGCACUUGCAGCGGUGAAGUAGCUUCCCUAACCGAGUACCACUCAACCCCGGGGCAUCACGCAUCAAAUGCGCCACUUUUAGCGGCUACUUUAGCAGGUGGACUGUGUCCUCACCGGCGCCGCGCUAAUUCAGGAAGCACCAGCUCAGGUGACGACGAAUUGCACCGUACUGCAAUGUCCAAAACUCCCCAACCGCCCCAAUGUCCGCGAUUUCGGAAGUUAGAUUCGCCUAGCGACAGCGGAAUAGAAUCUGGCACGGAAAAAACUGAUAAGCCAGCAAGCAGCAGCGCUAGCAGCGCGCCCACUUCUGUCUGUUCGAGUCCCAGGUCAGAGGACAAAGAGGUCGAAGACAUGCCAGUGUUAAAAAGAGUCCUUCAGGCGCCUCCGCUUUACGAUACCAAUUCGCUGAUGGACGAAGCCUAUAAACCUCACAAGAAAUUCAGGGCGCUAAGGCAGAAAGACAGUGCUGAGGCAGAACCUGUUGUUGUUCAGCACACCCAAUCUCAAUUGCAUUUACACCUUACCUCCCCCGCAAGGAGCCCUUCCGCGAGUCAAUGUCCCCAAACUGCAAGUUUGCUCAGCAGCACGCACUCGACUUUGGCUAAAAGCUUGAUGGAGGGGCCAAGAAUGACUGCGGAGCAGCUUAAACGGACUGAUAUUAUUCAUAAUUAUAUUAUGCGCGGUGAAGCAAGUCCCAGGUCGGGAAAUUCAAGUCCUUCACCUGCGGAACAGUGCGCUUCUACUACUACAAUUGCAAGGUCACCUUCGCAGAAUCAGGGGCUGCUUCAGUGCGCUACUGGGUACUCCAGGUGGCCUGCUACUUCGGUUAUUACCACUACUACCGGUAGGCAGCAGCAGCAGCAGCAGCAGCAACAACAACAGCAGCAACAGCAGAAUUCUAACUACCUCGUUAUUGGAACACCCGGGUCACCUAGAUAUCUUUCCGCUGCAGCAACGAGUACUAGCACGAGUCCCAGGCUGAAUUCUAGCAAUUCUACCACUUUAGUACUAUCAGGGUGUCCUAAUAAUAUGAUGGAGCUGCAAGUAGACAUUGCUGACAGCCAACAACCCUUAAAUUUGUCCAAAAAAUCGCCGUCCCCUUCGCCUAGACCUAUUGUUGGACAAUGCAAGGUUCUUUCUCUUGAAGCGUAG